AUGCUGCACCCCAAUACUCGUAUUGGGACCGUCUUUCAGACACGAGGCGUCGGACAAACAAAAGUUAUUCCACUUCGCUGCAGUGCAGCUGCUGUUGGUGGUGUCAGCGGGAUCACGUGUAUCGAAACGAUUCAGCUCCCCGGCAUGAUAAGAUGUCGUGCGUCUUUGCGGCCUUCGCUUUGGACCGCUUUCAUCAACAUGCAGUGGGCUUAUUUCUGGCAAGCUUUCAGGCGAGAGAGAGUGGAGCAGUUGCUGGGUAGGAUCAGAUGCAGCUGGCAGAACGCAGUGGUCGUUUCGUCCAAUGCUACGUGUCUAGUUUGGCACACUAGCAGAAAUGCAAACACUAUCGGUCGUCGUGCUUCCGCGGGUUGUUGGACUACCCCUUCGCGCCCACUUGCCGCUAUUUCUCGGCCCCAACCCCUGUUUUCGCGCAGUUGGAGGCAACCUCGGGCCCUCCCUCUUCGCAUGGAUUUCAUGCAUGUAGCGAAAAGACACCUUGGGGAGGAAGGGUAUUGCCAAGCCACUGCCACCGGUUUUUUUGUUACCCCAACCAUUGCAACCGCACAAGUAUGCAUGACCAGAUGGUACGGCUCUCGAGCACAGUUAUCGCUCGUUGACUUCGAAAGUAUGAAACGGCUGUGUCGUGAAGAACGCAUGCAGCGCUAUGGACGGCGAGUCGCUUUGGUUGUGGGAUUCCUAACAAAUGCUUUGGGCUCAAGCAGCUGCGAGUGCUGCCCGCAGGAUGUGCUGAACUUACUAUCCGUUUCUGAGCGUGUUGAGGUCAUAAGCACUAUUGCUACCACUCCUUUUGUGAAGACCCAACCCGUAGUCUUGGAGGAGAUGCUGUUAUCUGUUUUCAGCGACGAAUGCCUCUCCCAAGAGGCUGCGUAUAGUCUGCUACAGGUGAUUGAUAAGGCUCGUGCUGACGGCUUGCCGGUGAGCACCAUGUGCUUUUCUGAGGGCAUCCACUGCGUGUUAUCAAAGAAGAGUGCAAAUAGUAAUGCUUCCCAGAGGCGAGAACUGGUUGCGGCGACUCUGGCGUGUGGCGAGCGUGUGUUGGGCUUCGAUGAGUUGGCAUCUCGUUGUGAUUUGUGUGGUUUAUGGUAUGAGAGCGCGGCAUAUCGCACUGCAGUAUCUGGAGUGUUGAUGGGAUUGAACCGACCGUCGCCAGGAACUGAUGGUAAAGAAUUCUGUUUAAUGAGCACCACAUCGGAGGACAUUGGGUUCGGUGGGCUCGUAUUGCUGCUUCUUCAGUUUCUAAGGAUGAGGAAAGGGGCGGCUGCCAGUCACAUCGCUGCAAUUGAAUUUCUCCGCUGUCGGAUGUCCCCGUGUGUUGCUAACUUUACUAAACAAAGCGUUGCAGUUGAACUUGCACGGAUGGAGAGUAAUAGUGCUUUUCUUGCUGACAAUUAUCCGAGUGCGCUGCAUUAUCUUUGGAAUGCUGAUCAAAAGCACAAGAAAGAGAGGGAGUUGGCGGCCGCGGCGUGGCUUCACUUCGACGUCAAGUGCGGGACGCCGUCAACUGCCGCAGUGCUCUUGUCGUGUUACAACAAUAAUUGGAAUGGAAUAGCUUACAUACUGCAACGUACAAGGCAGGCCGGCUUAGGUGUUGCGUUAAAUGCACUCUCCGCAAUGAUCGAACUGACACCAACAGGAUGUUACUAUGCCAUCGUACGGCUCUGUUUCCCUCACAGUCGUGGAUAUAUUGAAAAAAAUAGCCAAAGCAAAGGUUCCUGCACUUUCCUUUUUGAGGCAAGGGCGCCAGGGGGGGAAAGAGGAGGGGACGUCGUAUUGAACCCUCCGAAAAAUGUCUUGGAGUCAUGGCAGUUUGUUGAAAACGCGGUUCGUCAACAUCGGCAACGACUUCUGCUGCAGUUGGGUGGUGGGUGUGCUGUAUGGUCUUUAUCAGCGGAAUACGCUCAACAGAUCGCUGUUGCUCUGCCACAACUUUCGGGCACACUUCUUUCGCAGUGGAUUAGAGGGGUAUUAUAUCAUAACCAAUGGAACACCAUCUUCACACUACUACGUGUAGCAGCGGGGCGCGGUGUUUCUCCUGAAAUGGAGGUUCUUGUUGAAAUUCUCGAGAAAGCUUAUAGGAAUAUUGGAAGGGGCGGGAACGGUGUGCCAAAUGAGCAGAAAGGCGUUAGUGUUCUGCAAUCAGUUGUAGAAAAUAUACGAACGCUGUUUCCGUAUUGUGCGCAAACCGUCUUUCGCGCGUUUGUCGAGCGCAUAGCAGUGCAGUUGGACAUCGACACUACGUCGUCGCUUCCGUGGGAUUCUGCCCUUCGGAUUCUAUCUGCUGUUAAUGAUCUCGGUCUUAUGCACUACCCACGUAAUUGCAUGGAGUUAGUUGCAACGAGCGCCCCCGCAGUUGCCGCGUUCUCCAUGCUUCAGAUGUUGGACACCACGCGUAGAGCUGACAACCAUGUGCGCAAUCAUUUUCCUUUAAACCUUUCUCCCCUCCCACUGGAGGUAGCGGCACUUCAGUCUCUGUUGCGCUCCGCACAAUCAACUGGUCUUCAUGUGGUCGCUGAUGCGUUUGCGGUUCCUCCUUCUAACAUCAAUACAGCGAGGGUCACGUGGUGGUCAUCGAGCGAGUUAGCAGUAGGUAUACCUGUGGCUACUGCACUUUACAGGCGCCAGGCCGUCGGACUUUGGUACGUGGCACUACAGAGCCUGCACAGGAGUUUUGCACACAGUGGCAGAGAUGUGAGCAACGUUGAUGCGCAUCAUGCGAUCAGACUUGCUGCAUUCGGGUCCACGAGUAAUGCCACAUUGCUGCAGUGUCUUGUAGCACUCCCGAAGCACGAGGGGAAGCAAGAACUAGCGUUUUCACGGCGUCGCCUCAAGAGGGCUGAUGACGCCACGCUCGUGACAACGCUUGGGUGCAUCGUAGGUGCGUUAACGGCGCGUGGCGCAUGGGAAGUGGCGCUUCGCAUUCUUCCGUUAGGUGCCACUGACCUUCCACCGUUGCUUCGCUGUGCGCAGGAACAUGCGAUACGCCUCAGCGACGGCAAUAUUAGCACAGGCGGUGCCGAGGAAAAGCGGAAGGAUCGGUUUCUUAAGUCAGGUGGUAGGAGAGGAUCUCGAAAACCUUUUCGACAUCAUGCGAUGCCGACUAGGGUGAAGAGGCUUGUCGUCAAAAUGCAUCUUGAGGAUUCUUUCCGUUGGUGGGAUAACAACCAGAAGUGUUGA